AUGCCUGGCAAAUUGGAUGCAUUGUCCAGGCACGCUCUUGAUGUGUUCAAGCAGAAAGGCAUUUUGUUUCGAGAAUAUCUUGAGACGCUGGAAGACGCAGAACUUUUAAAAGAGCUUAUGCAAAAGUUUAAUUUGAUUUGUCUUUGCCAGCACGAUGGAAAGGCAGCUUUUUGUGUCCCUUCAGUUGCCCCAGCUAUGAUACCAGGAAUGGAGUUGGAAGCUAGCAAAAUGGAUUUAAAUGUUCCAUCGCUGUUUGUGACAUUUCCUCGCCAACUUGUGCCGAUGAGCCUAUUUACGAAGCUUCAAGUGAAAUUAAUUUCUGAGUGGGAAAAGCGCUUUCCCAAACAACAAGCCACGCCUUCCUUUUACUGCAACUACUCCUUGCUUCCACUUAUUAUAGACGGCGACGUGUAUGAUGUUUGUUUAAUCGACCUCCACGAAUUCAUUAAGGUUGCCGUUUUCCCCAAACAUGAGGAUGGCAACCAUUUCAAGUUUGCCAGUCAUUUCAAAGCCACUCUAAAAAAGUGUUUGGACGACCUUAAAUCUCCAGAUCAACUAUUAUUCAGCAUGACCAGCUAUGACCUCGAAGUGGAAUGUACCUGCUGCUUUGGUAAAGACGAAGGAAAGUGUUCUCGUCAUCAUGAGAUACAGUGUCAUUCAGACCGUUGUGGGCACCGCCACUUCUGGAAGCUUAGUGACCUUCAGAGAUUCUACAACGAUAAAUCCCCUGCAGUUUGCCGGUCGGACAAACGCUUGUCGAAGUUGUUUGACAUAAAGAGUGUAAAGAUUUGGCUCAAUACUG